AGCCAGAUCACCUCGAUUGGAUGCUUGUCGAUCCUGCUGCGUCGCCAACGACCGUCGUCUCGGUGCCCAACCCGUUUCAGGAUGCUUCCAAAUGGGCAUGGCUUGACGCGCCUUCGUCACCAGCGCUGGCACCCAGCGACGAUGACGCGUCCAAGAGCGUUCAAGACAUGAAGACGCUGUACGCGCAUGGUGUCAACGGCAUGGUCGUGUCUGCGUCGCCUCCGAUGCGCGAGAUUCUGACACUGCUGACGCAACUCGGUCAGCGCCAAAACAAGUGGGGGCCGCACUUGAUUGUGACGAGCUGCGAGGCGCUGGCGCUGUGGGAGUCGACGAUCGAGGCCGACGAGUUUACCGACCUGCGCCUACUCCCCUACUGGGGCGGCGACGACGACCGCGCGACGCUCCGGAGUUUCUGGGCCGACGACCGGAUACGGGCCAAGACGGGUCCCUUCCACGUCGUGCUGACUACGUACCGGGUACUUGCGGCGGACAUGGCCCAUUGGCACAAGCUGCAGUGGCAGCUCGUCGUGUACGAUCGGCCAGCUACGCUGCUGCCAGAGCUGCUGCACGUUCGCUGCCGCCAGCGCUGGCUACUUGCCGUGCCGGAUCUGUGCGUCGAUGUGCGUCUACUCUUGCAUUUUGUGCUCCCAGAGCUCUUUGACUCGAAGCAAAAGACUCUGGCGUGGGGCACGAGCGGAUUCGAUGCCAGCGCCAUUGACCAACUCGUGCGUGUGCUCCGGCAGGUCGUCGUAGCUGUUGGUUGCGACGAAGCGCCAGCGCUGGCCGAUGUGGUGCGCUGCACGACUGCAGCCUGCGACGUGGAGCGCGCGGCGCUCAUCCAGAUGGACGCGACGCCAGUGACCGAGUACGUGCUCUCGACGCCGCUGCUUCGCACGGAACGCCGGCACUUGGCCCGGUUCAAGAAACAACGCAAAGUGCAUCGGUUCGCCCUCGAAGCCAAGAAACGCCUCUUGAAGCGGUCCCACUUGCCGGCGGCGUCAGCCUUUGAGACGCCGGUGCCAGUCACGACAUCGGCGCCGCCACCGUCGACCAAGUCGUCGUCGGCACAUUCGGACGCCAAACUGAUUGCGUGCAAGCACUGCGCCAAGACCUUUAUGACGAGCAGCGGGCUCCUCAAGCACACCAAGUCCGACCACGCGCCACCAGGCACGUGGACGUGCCGCAAGUGCGGCGUCGACUGCGGCACCAUGGCGCUGCGCAACGCCCACGAACGGCAAGAGCACGACGAGACGAUUGGACCGUCGAACAAGCCGUCGCAGCCGCUCCCGCCCGCAGCACCGGCGACUCCUCCGGCGUCGGCACCGAGCACGGGUCCGAAGAAGCGCAACCGGUCGUCGGGCUCCCGAGCCAAGAAGCGGGUCACGCGCUGUGGCAAAUGCCCCGGCUGCCUCGCGGGCGACUGCAUGGAGUGUGGGCACUGCCAGGACAUGAAAAAGUACGGCGGUCCUGGCUUGCGGAAACAGUCGUGCAAGAACCGCAAGUGCACCAACCCGCAAGUGAUGACAGGGUCGUCCUCGUCGACGGCGGCGUCGGCCGCGACCGCCAUUUUGGACGACGAAGAUGAGACGCUCGCCAUCAAGGCCGACGACGACGGACACUUCUCCGAGUCGCAGGCAUCCUCGGACAGCGACCAGAGCAAGAUGGACGACGACAUGGACGACUCGAUGGACGACUCGAUGGAGGAAGGCGACUUGGACGAUGCACCGUUGAGCAAGACGGCGGCGAAAUCGUUCAAGUCCAAGCGCCGCAGCAAGCUCGCCAGCCUCAACAACCGCAGCCGUGUCAUGCGUUGCGGCGUCUGCGUCGGCUGCCUCUCGCCCGACUGUAUGAAGUGCCGGCACUGCCAAGACAUGAAAAAAUACGGCGGUCCCGGCCUGCGCAAGCAGUCGUGCAAGAGCCGCAAGUGUGUGACGCCAAAAGUCGUCGUGCUCAACCAGGGCAUGGACGAAGACGGCGAGCUCUUGUACCUCGGCGACGACGCAUGGCCACCUGCCAAGUCGUCGUCGUCGGUCGCUGUGACGCCGCAGUGGGCGCGCGAGACGAUCCUCGACCUCGGCAGCGGCCUCGGCGUUGCGUAUUUGCUCCAGCGCCAGCUCGAUCGGUUCCUCAAGGUGCCGUGCAUGACGUGCGAGGCGCGGUUCGCGACGCCGGCGCUCAAGCAGCUGCACCACCAAGUGGUGCACGCCAAGAAGACGGCAAGUGUUCCACGCUGGCAACGCGAGCUCGCACUUGCUGCAUUGGCGCCAUCGCUCCAGUACGCGCUCGUGGCCAGUGAAGCCAAGCGAACAAAACCGAUGGACUUUGAGCCGCCGGCUACGCCAAGCUGGUGGUACGCUCGCCAACAAACUGCGGGCCCCGGCUUGUGCUACUACAUGCUGCAGACCGACAUCACGCUCGGCAGACUCUCGUCCAAGUGGCGCGAUCGGUACCAGUCUCUCGGCAUCAACUUUACGCGCGGCCUCGCCGGCGGCGCGAUCGACUGCCACCUCGGCGAUGACCUCAUGAUCUCGGCCAAGCACGCGCGCAUCACGUGGGACGUCCAGCGCCAGCAGUUUACGAUUCGGUGCCUCAGCUUCCUCACGAGCAUCUCGGUCAACGGCCGCGACCUGACGCUGGCGUCGGCGCCGCUCGGGCUCCGGAGCCGCAACCUCAUCCAGAUCGGCGCCUACUACUUUUCUUCCUCCUCCCCAUGGGCAACCACGCGACCACCUCGAGUCUGCCGCCGGGCCCGCCGAUCGAGGCCGCUUCGCGCCAAGUGCUGCCGCGCGCCGAAGUCCUUGCCUGGCUUGACGCCAAGCGCGGCCGCAAGCGUGCGCUCGAGACAGGCGAGAACGCGGUCGUGA